AUGCGACUAGGGGCAGGCCCACCUUCGAGUGGAACGGUGGCGCUCUUGCCUGGGCCCUGGGGUCCACGACUUCCUGCCCCACAACCUCGUUCGCGUGAGGCCGUGAGGAGCGGGGCGGCGGGGCUGGAUGAGGAGGACGGAGAUGAUGCGGCUCGGAGGCGCACCGCCUCUGGGCGUCUGGAGGCUGCGGCGGAUAGGGCGCGAAGCCGGGCGGGGCCGCCGUCGCUGCCGGCGCGAUGCGCAGGCUUCGGAAUCCCUUUCUCCCUCUUAUCCCCAAGGCGAGGAACGGAGCGGAGGGCGCAAUCUCCAUCUCCCCACACCAUCGCAUCUCACUUGGCCAUUAUUGCAACGAUGAUGAGAUGUGAAGAGAUGCAGGAAGAGCAGUACCCAAUCCUACUCAGCCCUUACGUUAACUCUUCCUCUACCUUGCUCUCAAGUUCAGUUCUUGUAGAGGAUCACAUUCCCUCUCCUUUUCUUCUGACCAAGGAAAUAUAAGCAAAUAACCAUGGAGAAUUCUUCCACUGGACUCAAAAACCAAGAAACGAUGCGAUAACCAGAGAUACAAGUAAAGGUAAAUAUAUUCUAUGAUGUUGUCUGUACUUAUACUAAUAUUAUUAUUACGGCAGCAGUCAUUGUAUAUUUACCUAAUGAUAUAUUUCAAUAUACUCACCUGGUCGAUUCCAUGUUUCUA